AUGGAACUCUCUUCCAGCUCUUUUAUAAAACUCUCUUCCACUCUUGCUUCUCUUCCAGCUCCUUGCUUAUGGAACUCUCUUCCAGCUCCUUGCUUAUGGAACUCUCUUCCUCUCUUGCUUAUGGAACUCUCUUCCAGCUCCUUGCUUAUGGAACUCUCUUCCAGCGCCUUGCUUAUGGAACUCUCUUCCAGCUCCUUGCUUAUGGAACUCUCUUCCAGCUCCUUCUUCUCUUUGCUUAUGGAACUCUCUUCCAGCUCCUUGCAUAUGCAACUCUCUUCCAGCUCUUUUGCUUAUGGAACUCUCUUCCAGCUCCUUGCUUAUGGAACUCUCUUCCAGAACUCUGUAUCUCUUCCAGCUCCUUGCUUAUGGAAUUCUCUUCCAGCUCCUUGCUUAUGGAACUCUCUUCCAGCUCCUUGCAUAUGGAACUCUCUUCCAGCUCCUUGCUUAUGGAACUCUCUUCCAGCUCCUUGCAUAUGGAACUCUCUUCCAGCUCAUUGCUUAUGGAACUCUCUUCCAGCUCAUUGCAUAUGGAACUCUCUUCCAGCUCAUUGCUUAUGGAACUCUCUUCCAGCUCUUUGCUUAUGGAACUCUCUUCCAGCUCCUUGCUUAUGGAACUCUCUUCCAGCUCCUUGCUUAUGGAACUCUCUUCCAGCUCCUUGCUUAUGGAACUCUCUUCCAGCUCCUUGCUUAUGGAACUCUCUUCCAGCUCUUUGCUUAUGGAACUCUCUUCAGCUCCUUGCUUAUGGAACUCUCUUCCAGCUCUUUUGCUUAUGGAACUCUCUUCCAGCUCCUUGCUUAUGGAACUCUCUUCCAGCUCCUUGCUUAUGGAACUCUCUUCCAGCUCCUUGCUUAUGGAACUCUCUUCCAGCUCCUUGCUUAUGGAACUCUCUUCCAGCUCCUUGCUUAUGGAACUCUCUUCCAGCUCCUUGCAUAUGGAACUCUCUUCCAGCUCUUUGCUUAUGGAACUCUCUUCCAGCUCCUUGCUUAUGGAACUCUCUUCCAGCUCUUGCUUAUGGAACUCUUCCAGCUCCAUGCUCUCUUCCAGCUCCUUGCUUAUGGAACUCUCUUCCAGCUCCUUGCUUAUGGAACUCUCUUCCAGCUCCUUGCUUAUGGAACUCUCUUCCAGCUCCUUUGCAUAUGGAACUCUCUUCCCUCUGCUCAGCUUUGCUUAUGGAACUCUCUUCCAGCUCCUUGCUUAUGGAACUCUCUUCCAGCUCUCUUGCUUAUGGAACUCUCUUCCAGCUCUUGGCUUAUGGAACUCUCUUCCAGCUCCUUGCUUAUGGAACUCUCUUCCAGCUCUUUGCUUAUGGAACUCUCUUCCAGCUCUUUGCUUAUGGAACUCUCUUCCAGCUCCUUGCUUAUGGAACUCUCUUCCAGCUCUUUGCUUAUGGAACUCUCUUCCAGCUCCUUGCUUAUGGAACUCUCUUCCAGCUCCGUGCUUAUGGAACUCUCUUCCAGCUCCUUGCUUAUGGAACUCUCUUCCAUAUGGAAUUCUUUUUUCAGCUCCUUGCAUGGAACUCUCUUCCAGCUCUUUGCUUAUGGAACUCUCUUCCAGCUCCUUGCUUAUGGAACUCUCUUCCUUGCUUAUCUCUUUGCUUAUGGAACUCUCUUCCAGCUCCUUGCUUAUGGAACUCUCUUCCAGCUCCUUGCUUAUGCUCUCUUCCAGCUCCUUGCUUAUGGAACUCUCUUCCAGCUCCUUGCUUAUGGAACUCUUGCUCUUCCAGCUCCUUUGCUUAUGGAACUCUCUUCCAGCUCUUUGCUUAUGGAACUCUUCCAGCUCCUUGCUUAUGGAACUCUCUUCCAGCUCCUUGCUUAUGGAACUCUCUUCCAGCUCCUUGCUUAUGA